AUGAAGCACCCUUACCAAUGCCUUGUCGCUCUCGAGCGCGUGGGCUCGCAGGAGGUCAGGCUGCUGCUAGCCGCGAGUGCACAUAAUCUGCUGAGCAUCGACCUCACUGCCGGCGAAAUCCGAAGCAUAUGGUCUGCUGCGGCGCCCAGUAAUGCUCCCCCGGACAGCAGCCAGCCGGAGACAGCAGAAGGGCCGCCUGAAAAGAAAAGAAAGGUCUUAGAUGACUCGGCUCAGCGCCCCAGGAUUAUCAAGCUUGUGGCUUCUAGAGAUGGCCAGCACAUUGUCGCCGUAACUGGCGAGGACAAGUGUGUGCGCGUCUUUUCAUUGGAUCCAAGCGGGGCAUUGAAGCAGCUGAGUGAAAGGUCCAUGCCAAAGCGGCCAUGCGCGGUUGUCAUAAAUCAGGAUGGCCAGACGAUCCUCUGCGCGGAUAAGUUCGGAGACGUCUACGCCCUACCGCUCCACCACACUGCAGAGGACGAGCAAGCUUUCGUCGCCAAAGCGGAGCAGACACCGAAGGCCUUUGUUCCGUCGGCCACUAAUUUGACUGUGCACACAGCUAGAAACCGGAAGGCUCUGGAAGCACAGCUGAAGCAGCAGGACACUCAGGCAAAAUCGAAGGAGCCCCUGCGAUUCAAACACGAGCUACUUCUUGGCCAUGUGUCGAUGCUGACAGAUCUGCUGUUCGUCACUCUGGAUGCCGAGGACUUGGAGGCCGAACCGAAGACCUCCGUGUCGGGGCCUCGCAGCUACAUCUUGACCGCGGACCGCGAUGAACACAUUCGAAUUUCUCGAGGCCAACCCCAGAGCCACAUCAUCGAAGGCUUCUGCCUUGGCCACAAAGAGUUCAUUAGCAAGAUGUGUUUAGCAACGCCACAAGUUCUUGUGUCUGGUGGCGGCGAUGAUCAUUUGUUCGUCUGGGACUGGCUGAAAGGCAAAUUGCUAAGAAAGAUCUCACUCCGAGACAUCUUAUCGUCUGUUCCCGACGCAGGGGAAUUCGCCGGCGAGAAAAGGCGUGAGCUCAAUAUUGCAGUGUCCGGCCUCUGGGGAGUCCCGCAGGCGGCGAGGGAGAAGAGGGCAAUCUUGGUGGCACUGGAGGGCGUGCCGGCGCUGAUUUCCAUCAACGUGGAAGCGCUGCAAGGCGCCGAGAAGGUUCAGGCGACGGCCACGGCCAUCUCUGGCAAUGUCUUGGACGUGGCGGCGGGUUCGGACGGGUUGAUCAUUUCCGUAGACAACAUUCACGUGCCAGGGUCAACGACCAACAAGCGCUCUGAGCAGGAAGCAGAGGAGGCGGCGCGGCUGCUGUGGGCGGACAGCGCGGCUGCGAUGUCGGGGAACGAACAGCUGGGGCGGGCGAAUCAGCUGGACACAGCGGAGACAAGCAACAGUGCCGGUCUGGGCGAGUUGUUGUACGGGAUCGCGAAUCUGCGCAAGCGUGGAGGGGGUGGUGACGAGUGA